CAAGACACAAUGGAAUCCCGCCUCCUCGCCCGCACCAACAAAAUCACAAACACCUCCGGCUUCUCCCCCACCCACCUGCAAGCAAACCUCCUAAUCCUUCCCUCCGUCCACGCCAAAUCCUUCCAUGACCUCUGCCGCCGCAAUCCCGUCUCCUGCCCAUUACUCGCCACAACAUCACCCGGCUCCCCACACACCCUCCAACCACCCAAAACCAUCCAAUCGACCGACUUCGACAUCCGCACGGACUGUCCCGCCUACCGCGUCUACAAACAGGGGAAAUGUAUCGAAAAACGCCGCGAUAUCCUCGACCUCUGGACUGACGAUCAUGUCGGCUUUCUAAUCGGUUGCUCGUUCAGUUUCGAAGACGCGCUGGAAAGCGCGGGAUUGAAGCCGCGGCACCAGGAGACGGGGACCGUUGUACCAAUGUAUCGGACGAAUCUGCCGUUGUUACCUGCGGGCAUUUUCACGAGUGCUACGUGUAUUGUAUCGAUGAGGCCGUAUAAAGCUGAGGAUGUUGAGAGGGUUAGGAGUGUUACGAGGCGGUAUUUGGCGACGCAUGGGGAGCCGGUUGCUUGGGGGUGGGAGGGGAUGAAGAGGUUGGGGAUCGAGGAUAUUCAGAAGCCGGAUUUUGGGGAGGCGCCUGUUGUUAGGGAAGAUGAGGUUCCGGUUUUCUGGGGCUGCGGCGUUACACCACAAAUUGCAGUUGAAUCCGCUGGCGAUAAGAUUGACGGACUUGUUUUUGCCCACGAGCCUGGGAACAUGCUAAUAACUGACCUGACUGACGAAGAUGCCCGUAUUAUAUAA